CGGGCCGUAGCGCCGACGCUAUGGCGUCGCAGCGCCGCGCCACUCUGACGUCACGAUCAAUAGCAACCGACACGAAAAAUCCGAUCCGAUAUAUCGCACUCACACAACAUCACUCGGCCCCAAGUUUUAUUAUUCCGUUAUAGUUCUACACAAACAUGUCAGCGGGGGAUUCCCUGGCGCCGGGCGCACCAGGCGCACCAGCAGCCGGUGCCACCGGAGAGGAUGGAGGCAUCGUGGGGGGACCCAGAACGCCCCAACAAAUCGCCGCUCAACGAAGGUUGCAACAGACACAAGCCCAGGUGGACGAAGUGGUAGACAUUAUGAAGACGAACGUAGAAAAGGUGCUCGAGAGGGACCAGAAGCUUUCCGAGCUAGAUGAUCGAGCUGAUGCGUUACAACAAGGUGCUUCACAGUUUGAACAACAAGCAGGCAAAUUAAAGAGAAAGUUUUGGCUACAAAAUUUAAAGAUGAUGAUAAUUAUGGGUGUGAUCGGCCUUGUAAUAUUAAUCAUCAUUGUCAUGAAAUUCAUGCCGGACGAGAAGCCGGCCGCCCCCCAAGUGGUGUACGCCCCACCGCCUCCACCUCCACCAGCACCUGGAGCCACGCCUGCCCCGCAACCUGCUGCAGGCUAAGGGCAGCCACUCUGAGCCAUCUUUGCAUUCUAUUACCAACACUAUCGACGGCGCCGAGUUCGUUUUCUAUCCUUCUCGUAUCAACUCGUAGAUUACAGACAUACGUCGAUCUUCACUGACAGCCAGAUGAGAGCAGGUAUGCUGUACGUGUAGGUUGGAGACGCCACAGCACUUUAUAAAAUUGGAAAUUCUUAUUUCGUAUUGCGAGUUUUGAAACGUUUUUGAUAAUCGUACGGAUUUGGUAUGCGGCGUUCAUUUUUGGUCAGCCACGACAGACUUGGCUCGAAUACUGAAAUACGGCAUGCGAAUAUGAAUCCUCUAUUUUAAAUUGUGUUCGAAUACUCAAGAUUCAAAUACAAAGAAAAUAUUCGAAUACCAUUAUUUUGAGUACCUUGAUUCAUUUAAAUAAGAAUACAUUCUGAAGAUUCCAAUUAAAAAACAUAUGCGCACUUUGAAUAAAACUUAAAAUAAGAUCUUGACGUACAGUGUCACAGUGAAGUUAUACAAAUUUAUUCUUUGGUUUUUAUUAGAUUUUUAUAGACAAUUAGUAGAAUAAAAAUAAGAAAAUGUAUGAAUCUUACACAAAGUACUUGCAUAAUUAAAAACCAAACUAACCUUUCUAUAUCUACUUUAUCUGCCAUAUCACACAAAUAUUUACAGGUAUUAAAAUUUAUUAUAAAACAGGGUUCGAAUACAAAGUAGCUAUUCGAAUAUUGGGAUUCAGGAGCGGUAAUCAGAAUCCAAAAUACCGAGUACUGACCAAAACAGUAUAGUCAAAUACCAAAUACCACUUUUCACAAUUCAAAUACCAACCAAAUGUAUUCUGAAUAUAGGAUUUAAAACACCGAGUAUUCGAAUACUACUCAAGUCUGAGACACGAGCAGCAUCCAAUAUACAGAACUUUUCAUUAGUCUCGGUACGUGAGGAUCUGAUUCUCGUAUUUAUUGUUAAAGUUAGGGAUGAUUCACCUGAUCCACAUCUCUCGAUCUAGAUCUGUGGAUCGUAUCGAUCGCUUGUCAAGGGACCGCUGUUGACCUAUUGGAACGAAUACUCAAAAUAUUUAUGUCGGAGUUAAAUCAUAAAUCCUGAAUGUGAACGUAGUUGCGUGACCUUAGGGGCAAACAAUGCAUAAUAUUAAAAAAGAUUACCGUAUUCAUAGAUUGUGUCGCAUAAUUUCUAGGUGCAUGUAAAGAAAUGCAACAACUCUAACAAUUUUUACCAAAGACAGGUUUGCUUACCUAGACAGUCCUGACUCCCGAUCAAAGGUAAAUUGUUAUCUACCUAUUAGGUCGCAUCCUGUAGCAAAUACUGUAAACUUGUGUUGUCUAAGAAAGUUUUUUCCAAAAUCCCUUAUAAUUAUUUUAUUCUUCCAUUAUACGCCAUACGUCAAGAAAAAAGUUAAUCAGCCUUGAGAAUAACAGUAAUAGUAAGGGUUGCAUGUACAAAAUUCGAAUAUAGUAUGAACAGACUUUUUACAAGAUUGAAAUAAAAUUUUGAGGUCUGUACAAUAGCGGGAGGAUUUGCAUGCCUUUCAUCUGGAAGGAGGUUAACUUAUGUCGAGAUCUCCUACUCGUGAUCUUUUUUACAAACGAAAACUCGUGCACCUUGCGUUAUUGAGACAAAAGUUAUUUAUGCAUGUUAGGUUGUUUACAACUGUGUCCAGUAAAUGUAAUAGAACUACACGUAAUUUACCAUACGAGUAAAUAUUUCAAAAUUAUAUAUGAGCAUUCUGGAAAAAUAUAUGGUCCCGUAUCAUCGUAUAUUCAAUCUAAAACCACAAACAAGUAGUAUAAAUACAUUUCCCUCCCAAAAACGUAAAAGACGUCUUUGAAGUAUAAACUGUACGGGCUGCAAUUUUAGAUUCACCAAUAAUUGUAAACGAUAAACUUGCAUAAUUUUAAGAUUUUGAAUCUUAGAAAAAGGCUUGAUUUUACAAUGAAAUUGAAUGUGCAAUACAUUGAAAACUAUAUAUGUCUAUAUAUAAUGACGUAAAAUCUAAAUACUAUUUUAGAAUUUCAAUAGCAAAUUUGAGUAAAUGAAAUUAUAAAUUUGCACUAAGAUGAUACUUAUAGCUAGUUUCAUAUUCACCAACAUGCUUUAAAGUGUACAUAACAUUACAAUAAUGUAUUUUUUGUAUUUAAUGAUUUUUACAAACUUAGGCUCAGUUCCCUAACACAUGAUGGAAACAAAAUGAUUGAAAUUAAUUUAAAACUCAUUAUAAUCGCAUGCAUUAGAAUAUGGGUAGAAAUCUAAUUAAAAAAAUAAAACACGGAACAGUUUGUAUUGUAUACAACGAUUUUCAAUUCACGGCGUGGUGUCUGUACGACAUCAAAUCUGAUUAUAAAUGGCUAUUAACGUUGAUAUUAGGAUAUGAAUAAUAUAUAUUGGUGUACUUAUCUCAAAGAAAAUGAACUCAGUGUUGCUGAUUAUUUCAACGUGAAUCACUAUAUUAUACUUUGUAAGUACCUUAAAUGUAUGUACGCUGUGUGAAAGUCGAAAGUGUGUUUGAUUCUGCGACGUCCCAUUAUCUUGCCGAAAUUGCCUUUUUUAUUUUUGGUUCGAUAGAUAUAUGUCACUCCUAUAAAUUCGACACCCCUAAUAUGGUAACACAAUGAAUAAAAUAAAUAUUUCCGCAUCACUGCUUCUGAGAGCGUAUGUCCAUGUGACAAUUAGGACAGGGUUCUAUCCCAUGCGUCGCCCUCCAACUUCCUUUAGGCUCUUUGGCGUCCCCGCCCCCCUUCCUAAGGCUCCAGCGCCCACAAGGGGGCGUUAUAGUCCAUUUUGAGAAACACGUACUGCUCUUCACCUUGCUUUAAAAGCACUUAGACUGAUGAGGUGACUCAUAAGUUGCAAAGAUCGUGAAUUUACUCCUACAACUCAAAGUACCACUCAAAGCUCAUAUCGCCAUUUAAGUUGAGCCGUUCAUGUUGUAAUGGAAAGGUACCUUAAUACAUUUUAAACAAACUGGUUACCUGGGCCGAUAGUGUUGUGAUAUAUUACCUGACAAAAUGUGAUACACUCAGAAAAAAAAUCCAAAUUUUUCAGCGAUUUUUGACAUGUUGUGUUUCGGUGAAAAAUGAUCGUAUCUAGACUUUAAUUAUAGAGUAAAGUAAAAAUAAUUUUUCACAGAAAUACAGCUUGUUGAAAAUCACCGAAAAAUUUUUUCGUCUCGGGGAGGGGGUUGCUCUGAUUCCAAAUUGACGAACUAACAGCUAGACCGUAUCAAAAUUUUUCCCAGGCAACAGGCCACUAGAUCGAAAGUUUAAAUCUUGUUAACUAAGGUGGCGUUGCAGUAUUAUGCAUACGAAACAACACAUUCACGGUUGUGAUAAUCACAAUGUGUACUACUUAAAUAGAUUAAUAUUAUUGAAGUACUCUGGCCAACUCAACGAUAUAAUCUCACACUUAAGACUGUAUAUAUGUACGUAGCUUUAAUUAAGCAUUGCUGAAAAAUUAGAAGCUGUUAGUUAUUGUAAUCAAUGUUAAGAUGCAUUUAUGAAUCAGUAAAGUGUUAAUAACCAAUAUGCAUAUAUAGGUAUCUUUGAAUUAAAUGAGUAAUUGAGCUUAGACGUAGCUUUAAACAUAAGCAAACAUCAAUAGAUUAUGAUUUACUGUGAGAUUAUGUUGUGGCUUUUCUACUUUUAUUGGUUAUGUAUAAAGUGUGAAAUAAAUUAAUAAAUAAUCA